GAGCCCUUCUCCAGAUGCCGUCCGCUGCACGGAUGAGAAAAGAGGAGGGAAAGGGAUUACAUUUAAAAGCUGGAGUCUAGUUCUUCUGUCGGGGUUGAGUGAAUUGAUACACAAAAUAUUAAUUGUAACAACAGAGGGAAGGCAGGAGACAGCUAAGAAUAAGAAGAACGCGGAGUGACUAUCACUGGAUGCUGUAUGAGGUGUCGCCCGAGCGGCGGCUUCAUGACGGGCGAUGGAGAUGCUGAUGGACUGGAGACCUCCAACAUUUCUGCUCCUCGCCUUUCUGUGCGUGCUUCCAGGAUAAGUGCCAUCACUGGCUGUUUCACUGCUGUCACAGGUGAUUCUCAGCGGGUCGAGGUGCCACAGAAGGACGUGGAGGUAGUCAUGGGACAAAUGGUUGUUCUGAAGGCCUGGUACACCCCCACUACCUCCAUCGAGAAGAACGCCGUCAUCUGGACUUUCAUGGCCAAUCACUCCAAACAAGUCAUCUCCUACUUCUCUGGACAGAUUGGCAUCGGUAGCACUGACUUCCGGAGGCGAGUGGGUUUUGCCAUGUCUAUGCCCUCUGCCAAUCUGUCCAUCUAUAUCAACAACACGCAGGAGUCUGACUCUGGGCGCUAUCACUGCCACGUGAUCAUUCCUGGAGCUCCAGGCCUGUCUGGGGAAGUACACCUCAAUGUUAAAGUUCCUCCGUCCACGCCUGUAUGCUCUAUGACAGGAAACCCUGUACUGAGUGGCAAUGUAACAUUGAGCUGUAAAUCCAGCUAUGGCAAACCUGUUCCUCACUACAAAUGGACCAAAGCAGCUCCUCUUUCUGAGGUCUUCUUCUCACCCAUGCAAAAGUGGAGGUCCUGCCCCCAGCCUGUGCUUGUGCUGGGAUACCUGGAUGAGAGGCAAGGCACCCUUCGACUUAGCAACCUCACCAAAAGCAUGUCUGGCAAGUAUGUUUGCCGCGCCAGCAACACGGCUGGGACUGACAGCUGCCACAUCAAUCUAGAGGUCUCCACCCCUAACAAUGCCUGGGUGAUCGCUGGGGCGACGGUGGGCUCUGUGGUGGGUCUGAUGGCUCUGGUUUUAUUCCUGAUCUUUAUCCUGAGGAGAAACCAUGACACAGAGGAGGAGAUGGCCAAUGAGAUCAAGGAAGAUGCACAGGCCCCAAAACGUGUCUCGUGGGCUAAAAGCGGCACAGGAUCGGACAUCAUAUCAAAGAAUGGCACAUUGUCCUCCAUAGCCACCAGCCCUCCUGCACAGGACCCUCAGCAUCCACUCCAAAACAGCCAUUACCCAUACCCUCCGGGUGCCUCGGACACCGCCUCCAUCCGCACCACCUCUGGUAGCACAACCACAUCCCGCCUCCGCACAGGGGAGCGCAACCCACUACAUGGCCUGCCCGGAUACAACAGCAGCAGCACACUAAAUCACACACACCUCCAUCAGCAUCACACUCCCGCAGUCCUCAAUCCCAACAGCUGCUCCACACACAGGACUGAGGGGCCGCAGCCGCAGACCCCGCACCCGCUCAACAUGCCUAUAAACACUGCCACCCUGGGGGCCGUGCCCAUCAUGGUGCCCACCCAGAACCACAUCGGGUCACUGGUGUAACGGCCCUCAAGACAAAUAAUGUGCUAAUGACUAGCCAAAUGUGUAUGGGAAAGGGUUUUGACAAAGGUGGUGAUAAAUGACAAAUCUGGGAAACGUUCUACACAGAAUAAAGUACUAUAAAUACAGUAAAAUGUAGUUCCAUGUCAAAAAUCACCUUUGAUUUGUUUUUUAAAGUAUUACAUGUUUUUUAAUGAGCUUAAUCUGUGCUUUGAUGCCUAAACACUUGUCGUUUUUUCGAACCGUUACACUGACCAAGAACAGUAUUUGUCAUUUAUUUAGUCAGUUUUACAGUGUGUUAUUCAUUAUUCAUUUUUGUAACAGUUGCAUUUAUGGAUUCAUAUUUGUCCAGUUAUUUAGACAUUCAGUUACGUUAAUGACAGUAAUUUUUAGCAUAAGCUGUUCUUGUGCCUCUUGUGCCUCCGAUUCUCUCAGGAGUUCUCCGUUUUCCUGUCAAGCUGGUUUCUGAAGCAGAGCAGGUUUUUCAGUAUUUCAAAUGGACCACUUUCUGAUCAUUCAGAUGAGUUUGAGUGAUGACUGUAAAGUAGAAAAUAAAAUGAAACCCCAUGAAAA